AUGACAAGUAAAAAAGCAUUGCCUGUUUGGAGCUUUGGUGGUGGCAUUUGCAGGAGUUCCCAUCAUUCCUCAGCAGAAAAGAUGAGAAUUCUAGAAUUGUCACCUUUUGAUGGCAAUGGUUCCUCCUUAGGUCAAGAACCUCAGGAUGCAGAUUAUGUUGUUCCAUGUCUCAGUGAUGAGCUAGAGACCAUGAUAUUGGCUAGAUUUUCAAUAUCAGAACACUGGAAGUUGUGUUGUCUAAACAAACGGUUUCUGACUCAACUAAAGAGUGGUGAAAUCUACAAAAUCAGGAGAGAAAUAAGGUUCAAAGAACCAUCUGUGUUUAUGUUAGCAAGUGGUGAGAGGAAUUGGUGUGCAUUUGAUCCCCAUUUCAUGUCCUGCAGGAAGCUCCCUAUUAUUCCAUCAGAUUAUAACUUUGAAUGUGGAGAUAAGGAGUCAUUUUCUGUAGGGACCCAUCUGUUUGUUUCAGGCAAAGAGAUUGAUGGUCCUGUUCUUUGGAGGUAUAAGUUAGAAACAAAUGAAUGGUUCAAGGGUCCUCCCAUGAACAAUCCAAGGUGCCUUUUUGCAUCAGCCUCCUGUGAUAUCUUUGCUUUUGUUGCAGGUGGACUUGAGACAACAAAUUGUACUGAAAUUUUGAGUUCUGCUGAGAAAUACAAUUCAGAAACUCAAUCUUGGGAUCCCCUCCCUAGUAUGAUACAAAAGAGGAAGUUUUGCUCAGGUUGUCACAUGGAUAACAAGUUCUAUGUAAUUGGAGGACAAGAUGAGCAAAAAAAUGAACUCACUUGUGGGGAAUUCUUUGAUGAAGAGACAAAUAGAUGGAACUUGAUUCCUAAUAUGUUGAAAGAUAUUCCUCUUUCACCUUCCGGGUCCCCACCUCUUAUUGCUAUUGUCAAUAAUGAGCUAUACACACUUGAUGCUUCCUCUAAUGAGCUAAAGGUAUAUCUGAAGGGAAGCAACACAUGGAAGAAGUUAGGACCAGUUCCAGUAAGAGCUAAUGAUCAAGGAGGUUGGGGUGUGGCAUUCAAAUCCUUGGGAAAUGAGUUACUUCUUAUUGGUGCUACUUGUGUCUCCAAUUCACAACGUGCCUUGAUGACUAUAUACACUUGUUGCCCUAAUCCAAAUGUUGAGAAAUUGCAAUGGAGGCAAAUUGUAUGUAGCAGCACCAACCUUAGUCCUUUUAUUCGCAAUUGUGCUGUGAUGUUAGCUUGA